UGACAAAGAAGCCCACAGUGCAUAAUACAUAUAGGCGUAAACACGGCACAAACCCAACCCAAACUCCAAACUCCGAACUCCAAUCAAUUAAACAGGAUUUUCUAAAGGGGAAAAGUUGUAAGAGGAAGACAACUGCUGCUAAAUCCCCAAACUACCCCUCGCCUGCUCCUUCCCAGGAAAAGCCACUUCUUGUUCACACUCUCUCUCUACUGAAUGUGGAAUCCCAGAAUGGAGGAGUCAUCGUCUCAGCCGCACAACUCCUCCAAAGAAGCCACUUCUCUACCUCCUCUACACUCCUCCAAUGUCGCCUCCGGAUCUGACGGCGGCGCCCGCUACCGCCUCAUGUCCCCCGCCAAGCUCCCGAUCUCUCGCUCCCCUUGCCUCACCAUCCCUUCCGGUCUCAGCCCCUCCUCCUUUCUCGACUCCCCCGUUCUACUCUCCAACAUGAAGGUUGAGCCUUCCCCAACUACUGGUUCCUUUGCCAAGCCUCAAAUGAUUCACGGAUCUGUUGGCUCCAGUAUGUUCUCGUCAACUGCGAAUUGCUCCAAUAGUAAUACAUUUGAUGAAAGAAAAUCUGGCUCCUUUGAGUUUAAACCCCACACUGUAUCAAAUUCUGCUUCAGGGUUAUUCUUGGUGGGAUCACCGGUUUCUGCAGAUCUUAACCACCAGCAAGUUAAGCCCUUCAUACCAGUUCAGGCCCAGCAUCCAGAUCUGUCAUUAAUGCCAUCACCUACAGUUAAAAGUGAGAUGAUGGCACCCUCAAAUGAAUUGAGUCUAUGUUCACCUGGGCAUAUGGUGACAUCAUUGGAUAGUGCACCUGCUGAAGUUGAUUCUGAUGAGCUAAACCAGCAAGGGCAUCCCAAUAAUGGGGUCCAAGCAUCACAAUCUGAUCAGAAAGGAAUUGGGCCUUCGGUUGUAGUUGAGAGAUCAUCUGAGGAUGGAUAUAAUUGGAGAAAAUAUGGACAGAAACAUGUUAAAGGAAGUGAAUUUCCACGUAGCUAUUACAAAUGUACGCAUCCUAACUGUGAGGUAAAAAAGCUAUUUGAACGUGCUCAUGAUGGACAGAUAGUAGAGAUCAUCUAUAAGGGUACGCAUGAUCAUCCUAAACCUCAACCUAGUCGCCGAUAUGCUUCUGGUGCUAUUUUACCUAUCCAAGAAGAAAGACCUGAUAAAGUUUCAUCUUUAAUUGGUCGAGAUGACAAGUCACCCAGCAUAUAUGGCCAGAUGGCCCACAACAUCGACCCCAAUGGCACUCCAGAACUAUCGCCUGUUGCAGCAAAUGAUGAUGUUGUAGAAGGUGCUAUCCUUGAUGAGGUUGAUGAAGAUGAUCCAUUGUCAAAGCGGAGGAAGAUGGAAAUUGGUGGGAUUGAUGUCACUCCUGUGGUUAAGCCUAUCAGAGAACCACGGGUUGUUGUUCAAACUCUGAGUGAGGUUGACAUACUGGAUGAUGGGUAUCGGUGGCGCAAAUAUGGGCAGAAAGUGGUGAGAGGAAACCCUAAUCCGAGGAGUUAUUACAAGUGCACGAAUGCUGGAUGCCCUGUUAGGAAGCAUGUGGAGAGAGCAUCCCAUGAUCCAAAAGCAGUGAUAACCACAUAUGAAGGAAAACAUAAUCAUGAUGUACCAACUGCAAGGACUAAUAGCCAUGACGCAGCAGGACAAGCAGCUCUGAAUGGAAUGCCAAUGAUUAGAUCAGAAGAAAGUGACACAAUCAGUCUUGAUCUUGGGGUUGGGAUAAACUCUGCUGCUGAGAAUAGACCAAAUGUACAGCAUCAAACACUGCAUGCUGAACUUGUUCUAACCCAAACCCGCACUAACAAUUCCAAUUUUCAGGCAGUUCAAGCAACCCCAGUUUCAAGAUACUAUGGUGUUCUAAACAAUGGUAUGGAUCUGUAUGGAUUUAGAGAAAACCUGGGUGAAAGCCGGAGUUUUGAAACUCCACCUUUAAACCAUUCCUCCAAUCCAUGUCCACAAAACAUGGGGAGAAUACUAAUGGGCCCAUGAUAAUGUUUCCAAAAGCUGGACAAAAAUACAGUGGUUUUUCUCCCUAUUUCCGUGGGUGGAGGACAAAAAGGCAAGUAUUCAAGUUGAAAAUACAAGGUUGUCACAUAUUUUUCCAUCUACCUUGCUCUUAAGGCCUCCCUGCAAUCGCCUUCUGUGUCUAAUCACUGUUUAUACUACAUUACCUUCUCCAAGCUCAAAACUUGUGUACAAAUAUGAAAUUGAUACAGGAAAAGUUUCUGACAUCAAAGACAGAUAUUGUAACUCAAUAGUGCUGGAAAUGGAAGGUCUCUAGUUGGAAAUACUUAGAUUUGUUAUGUUUAGCUUUUUGGUGGGGUUUUUCAAAGGAUGUCUGUAUUUAUGACUUGAGAUGUUGUAAUUGAAGUUUGAAUCCUGUUGAAGUUCAAGAAGAUGCUCAAGUAAUGUGCAUCACAGUGUGAUUGGAGGUUUUCUUGUAUGUCUUGUGAAUGCAUCUCAUAUAUAUUAUCUGAAUUUGAAGUUCUUGUUGCUGUGAGA